AAUCAGAAGUGUAGUUGCAUGCAACCAAUUUACUAUGCCAUUUUCAUUAUAUUGUGAUUAGUAUUGAUCUUUUGAAUAGUAUAUGACCAUCUAAAUUGCGUCCUUAUGAUAUUGUCAUAGGUGAAAACGACGGGAAGCUAACUAGAACCGUGCUUCAUCUAGACUUGCACCUCUACAGAAGGAAAUAUGGAAGGUCAAUGGUUGCAUGAGCCUCACGGCAUCAACCUAUGCUUCUCAACUUCUUCUACGUUGCCUCGGAUGAACCCUUCCAUUGAGACGGGAACUAGAAAUGUCACACAUGUGCCAUCUAAAAAUGUAUCUACUAGUAGUUCACAAGCCAGAAAAACAACAGUUCAAAAACCUAAGAGGAAAAGGCACAGGCCAAAGGUCAUCAAAGAAGGAAAAGCAACCCAGGCACACAAAUCUACAACUAGUGAGCCUCCCAAGGAAAAGGACAAACCAGCUGGUAAGAGGAAGUAUGUUAGGAGGAAGGAACAAAAUACUACACCAACAGAGCAUCACCCUCCAUCUAAAGACGCCGUUGCACACACUAUUGUUGUACCAACUCUAGCCAAAAGAUGUUUCAACUUUGAUGGGAGAGAUCAUCAUGAAGAAAAUGUGGAUCUGUUAUCGCAAACUCGGGUGGAGGAGACACCUACUUGUUAUGGGGAUGCUCAGCUGUUAACAUCUGCCGUCGAUGGAAGCAAUAUCCAACUAGUUCAACCUUGGUGUGGCAUCGGCAGCCCAAUUUUUGCUUCAGUUGAUCCAAUGGCCAAUAUGCGGCAAAUAUGGGCAGAGAGUAGUAGAGCAAACAGGGUAACUUUUGACCUUAACAAUUCUGCAGUGAAUCAUAUUCCAAGAAGGUUUUCUAAUCCUACAAACAGCUAUGGCCAGAAUUUCCAAUUUGGUUCAAGAGAGCAAAUAAACCAGUACCAACAUUUCUACGACGACGACAUUCCAGAUGAAAGUGUCUCUCAUCUCAACAGUUCCUCAUGACAACUGCAAAA